AUUUCCAAUAUCCACCAUUGUCCAAAUUCGAUACCAAAUGAAAUGAGAAAAUGAGAAAAUGAGAAAAUGAGAUCAACAACAUCACUACUCAGACUCCUUUCCAUUCCAACUUCGCUCUCAAUUCCUCCCUCUUCUCUCUCCUUCCCUACUCCCUUCGUCGCCAUAAAUUCAUCCGUCAUUUUCUCAAAAAUUAGGGUUUCGGCUAUGUCAACUGAAGCAGGUUCAAGAGAUAACAACAAUGGCGUCGUUAAAUUGGCUUUAUCACCUUCAUCUUCUCUCAAGAUUCAGAAGGGCGAUAUCACUCAGUGGUCCAUCGAUGGCUCAUCCGACGCCAUUGUUAAUGCUGCAAAUGAGAGAAUGUUGGGUGGUGGCGGUGUAGAUGGAGCCAUACACAGAGCCGCUGGUCCAGAACUUAAAGAAGCAUGUUAUAAAGUACCUGAGGUUCGACCUGGAGUUCGCUGUCCCACUGGAGAAGCGAGGAUUACUCCUGGUUUCAGAUUACCUGCAUCUCAUGUAAUCCACACAGUUGGGCCUAUAUAUGAUGUUGUACAAAAUCCUGAGGUCUUGCUGAAGAAUGCUUACAGAAAUAGUUUGAUGGUUGCAAAGGAGAACAAUAUUCAAUACAUUGCCUUUCCUGCAAUAUCUUGUGGUGUUUAUGGAUAUCCUUUUGAUGAAGCAGCCACCAUAGCCGUAUCCACAGUUGAGGAGUUUGCCAACGACUUUAAGGAGGUUUCUUUUGUACUAUUCUCAGAUGACAUAUACAAUGUUUGGUUGGACAAAGCGAAGGCGAUUGUUGAAAAAUAGGGUUAUUGUUCAUGACUACAGACUUGUACUUGAAUCUAGUAUGUUCAGAUUGUAUAACCAACAAAGGCUCUGAAGUCUAGCAUUGAGCUGCUGUGAGAAAACACAUUCAUAAAUAAGAACUGAAACUAUAUUGUAAUACUUUCUGGUUUGAAGCUUAGUUUAUGGUUAAUUGCCAUAAUUGAUGUCUGCUUCUUGCA